CUUCAAAUGGCUGGUUUGUGACCAGAAGCUGAACCACAGAAAACAACAUCUGGAGGGGUUUAUCAGGGCUUUUGGCCUCGGAGGAAGUUGGAGCUCGUUGGCUGUGUGUAGUUGAGCUCUGUUGGCAGUCACAAGUUCAAGGACUGGAUCAGAGGGAAGACGAAGGGCGGAAGGGAACGAAGCAGUUUCGUUGAGGCAGACCAUGUUGACUGUCGAGGCUUGCAGGCAGUUUCAGGCAUCGACGUCGUUUGUGAAAGUGGGAGAGACUCACACCAACCCCUUCGCCGCCACUUGUCCCACGCUGAAUUCUUCCUGAAUAUAAAUACUUUGAUUUUGUGGUGCACUUUGCAAGAUUUUGUUUGUUUGUACCUUCUGCCCGAAAUUUACAGUCCUCCAGAUCGACAACACUACUCUCCAUCAACACGAUCACAAGAUGUCGCACUCGAACACCCCUAAACGCGAGAACACCGCCCCGCUGGCCAUCCCUCGAGUUCUGGCAGCCUUGAAGGAUCUGAUCGUCGUCGAAGAAACUAACGAGGAACGAAUCAAACUCAAUAAUAAGGUCGCCUGGUUCCAUGAUGUGUUUCGGCUCAGAGGAUCCACGAUACCACAUGCAUUCAAGGCGGUGAUUAUGUUCACACUAUGGUCGACGGUCGUUGCGGUAGCCGACCUGGUAUACGAGACAUCCCUGAAUCUGUCCAACUCGGUCGUCCCACUGCUAUCGGUUGUAGUCGGGCUGAUGCUGGUCUUCAGGAACACGACUGCGUUUGCUCGCUGGGAGGACGGAAGGAAAGCGUUUACCUCCUUACAAUCGGCCGUCCGGAACACCGCACGCGACUACUGGAUUUCGAUCGGCGCACCGGUCCAUACCUCAAACCCCAAAGACCCAACACCUGCAUCUCUUCCGCCCAAAGAAAUCAGACUAAAGGCGAGAGCACUCCGGCUAUUGGUGGCCUAUGUCACUGCCGUAAAACGCCACGUGCGCGGACAAUACGGGAUCGAUUAUGAAGAUCUCAGGGCCCUCUUGCCCCCAGAAUUUUACAACAGGCCCAGUCAACCUGGCUUUGGAUUCGAUGCGGCAGAUGCAGACAUCAAGGGAUCUUCUUCAAAGGCCCUACACACCGAGUCGCCACCUCCACUCAGUGGCCCCCUUGGCGGCGGCUCAAGCCGCAGCUCCAACAACGUCCCCUCCUCGGAUGCGAUCGACGGAAAUCUCGCGCAAUCGACUCUCAAACGUCGCCCGGCUUACCAACGCGUCACCUCCUUCUUCUUCUCUCAAAGGGAAGAGCUCGGCCUAGCGACGGGCGAUGAUUCGGUGGGCGUGUCGGACGAAUCGUCUCCACUCUUGCGCCAUCGACCAUCCGACCAACGGAUGGAAGACUCCUCCGUCGUCGUCGUCCAUAACUUCUUGUCGAGACCCUCCUUGCCCUUGCCGCUCGUGAUCGCCCAUCAGUUGCAUCUCUACAUCACUAGAUGCAAGCGCAAGGGCUAUCUCGAGGCCAUCGGGCCCGCCGGUCAUAGUCGCAUGGUGGCCUCGAUUUCGACGAUGACCGAUCUGUUUAGCUCGAUCGACGGCCUCGGCAUGACUAAAAUCCCGGCGUGUUACUGCAUCCAUCUCAAGCAAUGUACUACCCUUUAUCUCUGGGCGCUUCCACUCACUCUGGCAUCUGAUUUGGGAUGGGCAUUGAUCCCGUUUGUCUCGAUUGUGGCGUUCACUUUGGUCGGCAUUGAAGCCCUAGCCAGAGAAUGCGAGGAUCCAUUCGGGGUGGAUCCGUCGGAUCUCCCACUAGAUUAUAUCUGUGCUGAUCUACGAAACGAGGUGGAGCAUCUGAUCGCCAAGCUUGGAAGCGAUCCCGAACAAGACCUCAUGAUUUAACAAACAUAACUCAAGUCUAUCUUGGAAAAACACACACACACUCUCUCUCUCCUAGUCGUCCGCAUUCCUUCCUUGCAUCAUGUACAAAUAACGCUCCGAAUUCAGUUUUGGUUUUCCUGUUGUAUUUUGGUAGUUAAUUUAUUUAUGUUUGAAAAAAAAAAACGAAACAUCGAAGCAUAGAUGUGGGACGGAUCAGAUCUCACACACUUCAUUUCUGUCCUGUGUUUUCUUUUUUCAGUUCCGGAUUUGCACACUUGUAAUUUUGUUUCUCUCUCUUUAUGAACUGUUCCAUUCAAAUUGUAAAAACAAAACAAAGCACAGAUCAUGUUUUCUGAUGCUUGGCUUAUAUUGAGUGUGUGUGU